AUGGCUGCCUCAUAUGCAAUCAUUAUCUGCCAUGGCUCUUACCACACCCCAAUCCCCUACCAACCCUUCAUCAUUGCUCUCCAGACCCAAGGCAUAGAAGCCUACUGUCCUCAACUCCCAACAUCUGACCUACGUAAGCUGAACGUUGGUAUCCAGGAGUCGUCCACACUCUCCCAGCCAAAUUUCGAUAGACCACCACCAUCAGGUGGAUACCCUCAGCCAGCCGACGAUGCUCUCGUCAUCAACGAACUGCUCGACAGACUCAUCGAAGAGGAGGGCAAGAAUGUUAUUUUACUAGGGCACUCUGCUGGUGGAUUCGUUGCCACGUAUUCUGCCAGACGGAAGUAUCAAAGGAAGGUUCGACAAGCAUCUAAUCUGCCCGGAGGACUCGUGGGAAUCUUCUACGUUUGUGCCUUUAUGAUUCCUGUUGGGGAAUCUGUACAUAGCUUUUUCCAACCGAAGGAUGGCCCUGGUAUUGUGCCACCGUAUUGUCAGUUCCACGGCAAUGGGUUCGAGGGCAUUGCAUCCACCGUCAAUGCCGCUCAGUACUUCUUCAGUGGUUUGCCCGAGGAAAAGGCAAAGUACUACGAGUCAACUAUGACGGCUUCCCCGGUGCCGACGACUGUACUAGACAACGACGCCUACACCGAGCUACCCUGCGCGUACGUUAUCGCCGACUCCGAUCUAGCUUUACCUGCUGCGUUCCAGGAAGCUAUGGUAGUCAACGGAAGACCGUGGGUCGUCGCGUUCCAGAUUAGCGCGUGCGGCCCGCCGCUUUAUGCCUCACCACCGCCGCUCCCUCUCCUCCCCCGUGCCUCUCCUCUCCACGCCGGCCUCACUCGCCGCCGUGUCUGCGAAACCGCAGAAAUGGUCAACUUUACGCGAUGGAGGGGAUAG